GCGCGGGCAAAGUCUCGCAGGCGCGCGGGCGGCGGCGGGCGCGAUGGGCGCAGCGGACCGGCUCCUGCUGUGGCUGCAGCUCUGCGCGCUCACCCGGGCCGCCGACAAAGUCUGGGUCCCCAACACCGGCUUCGAGACCGCCGCCAACUGGAACCAGAACCGGACCCCGUGCGCGGGCGCCGCCGUCCAGUUCCCCGCGGACAAGGCGGUGACUGUCCUGGUGCGCGAGAAUCACGCCAUCUCCGACGUGCUCCUGCCGCUGGAUGGAGAGCUGGUUCUGGCCUCGGGAGCGGGAUUCCGCGUGGCGGGUGAUGGCCCGCACCCCAACUGUAACGCCGGGGGCCCCGCGGUCUUCCGCAAUCCGGACCGCUUCUCGUGGUGGGACCCGCACCUGUGGCGUACCCGGGACGAGGCGCAAGGCCUCUUCUCUGUGGACGCCGAGCGCGUGCCCUGCAGCGACGACGACGUCUUCUUCCCAUCCAAUGCCUCCUUCCGCGUGGAGCUCGGCCCGGGCGCCAGCCCCGCGCGCAUCCGCAGCCUUUCAGCCCUGGGUCAGACGUUCACGCGCGACAGGGACCUGGCGGCCUUCCUGGCGUCCCGCGAGGGCCGUCUGCGCUUCCACGGGCCGGGCUCGCUGAGCCUGGGCUCCCAGCCCUGCGCCGACCGGUCCGGCUGCGUCUGCGGCAACGCGGAGGCGCUGCCGUGGAUCUGCGCCGCGCUGCUCCAGCCCGUGGGCGGCCGCUGCCCGGCCGCCGCCUGCCGCUCCGCCCUGCGGCCCCUCGGCCAGUGCUGCGACCUGUGCGGCGCCGUCGUGUCGCUGGACCACGGCCCCACGUUCGACCUGGAGCGGUACCGAGCCCGGGUGCUGGACCUCUUCUUGGCUCUGCCCCAGCACCGGGGCCUGCAGGUGGCGGUGUCCAGGGUGCCGCGCUCCCCCGCGGCGCGCGCGGCGGGCACGGAGAUCCAGGUGGUGGUGGCCGAGGCGCGGCCCGUGGCCGGUGCUGCGGAGCAGCUGGCCCGCGCCCUGGUGGCCGACGCGAAGGAGCACGGCGCGGCCCUGGGGGUGAUGUCCGCGGCCCUGCGGCUGUCGGGCGAGCCCGUGCGGGGCGACACCGUGGAACAGGAAGGACCCGGGGCCCGCGCGGGGCUGGCGGCUGGCGUGGGGGCCGCCGUGCUGCUGGCGCUGCUGGGGACCCUGCUGCUGCUGUGCCGCACCGGGAGGCUCAGGUGGAUGCGGCGCGGCGCGCCCGAGCCCGCGCCCACAGAGGUGCCCCUGGGCUUCCGGAACCCCGUGUUCGGCGAGGCCGCCUCCGUGGAGCUGCCGCCCAGCCUGGCCCCGGAGAGCGUCGACGCCCGCCAAAGCUACUUCGUCAACCCGCUCUUCACCUUCCCCGCCGAGGCCGAGGCCCAGGCCUGACCGCGGCUGCCCCGCCCGCCGUCGGCCUGGCCCCCGACCUCUGCCCUCUGACCCCGACCCUCCCUGCUCUCUCCUUGGACGCCAAGAACCAAUAAAGGGUUGUCUGUG